AUGAGCGACGACGAGGACGUCCAGGUCGCUGGGCCCGACUUGGCCGAGGAUGAUCCCAUGCGCGCUUUUCUGCCGGCCUCGUUUGGGAAGAAGUCCAAAGAAGCCGACAUCGCCGCGCAGAUUGACCGGAGCAAGAGAACCGUCGCCGCACAGAAGCCUGCCGAACAAGAUCACCAUUCGGGAUCCAACGAUGCGAGUGACAGCGACGAUGACUCAAACGACUCCGAUGACGAUGACGAGUAUCCUACCUCCCAUGAGAUGGUCGUCAAGACCCACGAUCGCGCCGUCACGUCAGUGUCACUGGAUCCAGCCGGCGGGCGUUUCAUAUCAGGCUCCAUCGACUGCACUGUCAAGAUGCAUGACUUCUCCGCCAUGACGCCGACCACCAUACGCGCUUUCAGAAGCAUCGAUCCAUUCGAAGGCAAAUCUUCCGCCAACUCAGAGACGCACCCUGUGAACCUCGUCCAGUUCAACCCUUUGGCCGGAGGCGUCUUCCUGUGUAUAUCUGCGCAUCCCCAAGCCAAGAUCAUGUCCCGCGACGGCGAUGUCCUCGCACAGUUUGUCAAAGGCGAUAUGUAUCUGCGGGACAUGCAUAACACGAAGGGCCACGUCUCGGAGGUCACAACAGGAACGUGGCACCCCACAGACAAAAAUCUAUGUGUCACGGCAGGAACAGACAGCACUCUACGGAUAUGGGACAUAAACAACAAGCGCAGCCAGAAGGAGGUUAUUGUCUUCAAGUCUAAAGCCGCGGGAGCUGCGGGCAGGACACGGAUGACGGCCGUCGCUUGGGGGACACCAGUCCAGGGAGGCAACAAUGUCCUGGUCUCGGCAGCUCUGGACGGGUCCCUCGUCAUAUGGAGUGGAAACGGUCCUUUCUAUCGGCCUGCCGCAGAGAUAACUAAUGCCCACAAGCCCAACACCUGGACCGGAGGCAUCGACAUCAGCUCUGAUGGGCGCAUGGUUGUGACCAGAGGAGGCGACAAUACAAUCAAGCUCUGGGAUACGCGCAAAUUCAAGGAGCCUCUAGUUGCCGUUGAACACGCAUCCACGUCUGACCACUACCAGACGACCAAUAUCAAAUACGCGCCGAAUUCCACGAGCAUCAUCACGGGCUCGGCGACCGGGCAUCUUCACAUAUUGAAUCCGGGUAAUUUGCGGCCUGAGUUCACCACACCAAUCACCCCUGGUUCGCCCCUGAUUACGGUGGAUUGGCACCCCAAAAUCAACCAAAUCGUCACAGGGUCUGCGAAUGCGGAGACGCAUAUCCUCUACAAUCCCACCAUGUCAACAAGAGGUGCCGUCGACGUCAUGUCACGCGCGCCAAAGCGACGGCACAUCGAUGACAACCCAGAGUUCACCACCGAUCUGUCCCUCGGGCUGUCGGGCGAGUCCAUCAUCACGCCCGGUGCCCUCGCGGGAUCUAGGAAGGCUGGUGUUACAGCAUCUGGCAAAUCGAAAGACCCCAGGAGGCCGCAGAUGCCUCUGCAGACUCCAUUCAUGCGCAGCCAGCCUGACCAGAAACACAUUAGCGAGAACAUCCCGUUGAGUUCGAUGCUGCACGAAGACCCCAGAGAGGCACUACUCAAGUAUGCAGACAAGGCAAAUAAAGAUCCCAUGUUCACGAACGCGUGGAAGGACACGCAGCCAGUCACGCAGUACGCGGACGCGAGCGAUGACGAAGAGGAGGGGCCGGAUAAGAAGAAAGCCAAGAGGUGA